AUGGUAAAUCAGUGCCUACAAAUUCCAAUGGUGGCUAUUGGAAUGAAUGAAAAAUUGUAUCCAUAUAUUCAGCAAAUAGAAAAUGGUGAGGAUGAUGAAAAUGCAAGCCAGAAGCUAUUAGUACAUUUGCAAAAAUUGCUUGUUUCAUGGCCAGAUCCUGCUGAAUUGCAUGAAGUAGAAUUACUUUCACCUUCUUCAACAAAUGGUUUAUUAGAUAUCAUUAACAACAUUGAUAAAUUAUCUCCUGAACUUCCAGAAUACUUAAAGAAUGAAAAUAGAUUAGCAUUCUAUAAUAUAAUAUGCUUAUUUGACAAUACAUUCCCUUACAUGUAG